AUGCGCAGAAGAACGAGCAGUGUUUCUUACGGAUACCUAAACCUAACCGUGAGUGACAAAAUUAUGCCUUACAUGGAAGGGCUAAAGAAGAAGAUAAUAUAUGUUAACAGUUCCAAAGACUGCAAAGCGUAUGUGCAGGAAAUUCAAAAGAGUAUCUACGCUGGCAAACUAAAUUGUAUGGGAGUGGAUGUAGAAGGAUAUAAAAUAGGGAGAAACGGAACAGUAAGUCUUAUACAAAUAUGCGCACAGGAUGUGUACCUGUUCGACGUGUACAAAUGUGAUAAUAUCUAUCUCUUCAUUAACUGUUUAAAGGAGUUACUGGAAGAUAGACGAAUCGUAAAGAUCACACAUGACUGCAGGGAAGACUGUUCUAUUUUGUUCAACCAGUAUAGCAUUAGCCUUAACAACAUAUUCGACACACAAGUAGCGUUUAACUUACUUUUGAAGGAAACGAAAAAGGAGUUAUAUCAAAUAAGUUACGACGAUUUGCUAUAUAAAUGCUUACUUUUAAAUAAUAUGCACAAAAUAUAUUUUCAUAAAGUAAUUUCUUUGGAUCAGAAAAUAUAUUUGAAGAGACCUAUAGCGAAGGAACUGAUUCAUUAUGCUAUCCAAGAUGUCAUAUAUUUAAAGCCGCUCAUGUUGAAUUUGGUGGAUAGGCUACUCCGUGUGUGUAAAGAAGGGGAAGCAGGAAGUGAGUUAUUUGGUGAAGACGACUCGCGCAGUGUUGAAAACAGUGAUGAUGUGAUUAGUGAAGGGACACAUAGCAACUUAAGUGAACAUAAGAUUAACUUAAUAAAACGUGUUGUAAAGCUGAGUGAGAGGUACAUCAAUUACCAGUUUUUAAACACUCAUGUUAAAAAUGAGAAAGAGUUACAGAAGGGAAUGACUCUCGAUGGCAUGAUCGUCUCCUGCAACAAUUUAAACCUCUAUGUCAAGUUGAAUUUGAGCAGGACGGGUGUCAUAACGAACUGUCUGAGGAACGAGUUCGAAAUCGGGGACGUGGUUAAGUGUGUCAUCUUGGGGUUUUGCAGUAAUGAUUACAUCAAACUGGGGUUGUGCGACCCGUCCCUGUGUGUGAGCGUAAAAAUGAUGUUCGCACAAAAGAAAGCACACGACAGCCGCGAUUUUGUGAGGAGCGAAAGAAUGAAUGAGCAUGCGCGUAGCUCAGCAUGCGGCAUUCAGCACGAAAUCUAG